UGCAGCAUCAACUUGGCAGCCUGGACAAAAUGCAGAAUGUGGGUCAUCUUCGCAUUGGCAGCUUUGUGCAGCUUUGUGGGGAAGGGGCGCACGCCCCAGAGAGCUGGCGACAGCACUGCAUUCAGCAACGGGCGUCAAUGGUUUUGGUGGACACCCAAGAAAAAUUAAAAUCUUCUCAAAGAAAGCCCUGCUCGCAUAAUCUGCAGCUAAUCUGCUCUUUGAGAAACUCUGUGGAAGCUAAGGGCGCUGGCGCAUCAGAAGAUUCUGGUUUGCUGUGGGUCGCAGCAAGCAUUGACUUAUCAUUUCACCUCCAGCAAUUGGAUGGACGAAGAGGAUCCUGUAAAGUAGCUCGCACUGGUUGAGCGCUUCGAUGGCGGCAGUUGCAGAGUUGAGUGUCAGCCGAUUGAGCAUUUGCCCAAGUGGCAGCACCACCGGAAAGAGGUCACGCACGCAAAUUGCAACUUUUGGCAAGUUGUGUGCUGUUACAAGCAGUCCGAGAGCAGCAUUGAAGACGCGGCGCCAAAUUGGUGGAUUGCAGAAAGUUUGGGGGAGCUUCCUACCGUUGAGAUCGCCGGCAGACAAAAGAAACUUAGGACAGUACAGGGCUGCUGCAGCAGGGGGAGGCGCCUCACCUGAUCAUGAUAAAGUGCAAGAGUUUGAAGAUCUCGUUGAGGGGGCUGCAAAUAUUAGCGCCUCUGGAACAGACAACCUGCAUUCCGAUGAUGAGUCUGACCCAGCGGCGGCUGUGGAGGAGAAGAUGCUGUCAAUGUCAGAAGCAUUUGGCGUCUCCAACACCACUUGCAAUACCAUCAUCCUUUCAAUCGCUGCAACUGCGAUUGCUGUCCCUGCUGUGGGAUUAAGGAACCCAGCAAUUGGCCAAUUGUUGGGGCUGGCGGGGGGAACACUGAGAGCAAAGGUCCUCGCGUAUGUCACCAUGCUAUUUGGCUUUUACAUGGCCUGGAACAUUGGCGCAAAUGAUGUUGCAAAUGCGAUGGGAACCUCAGUAGGUUCAGGGGCAUUGACGCUCAAGCAGGCCAUCAUCGUAGCGGCCAUUCUUGAGUUUGCAGGGGCGUUCCUGGUUGGUUCUCAUGUCACCCACACCAUGCAAAAAGGCAUUGUGGACUCUGCCGCCUUUCAGCACAACCCGUCUCUCCUUUUCUGUGGUAUGCUAGCUUCCCUAGCAUCGUCCGGGACGUGGCUGCAGGUAGCGUCCUAUUACGGCUGGCCCGUUUCCACCACCCACUCCAUCAUCGGCGCCCUUGUCGGUUUCGGCCUCGUGUACGGCGGCUUUGGCGCCGUCUACUGGGGGUCGCUCGGCCGGGUCGUUGGCUCAUGGCUCGUCUCCCCGCUCCUCGGGGCCGUUGUGUCGUUCAUCGUUUACAAGUGCAUCCGUACGUUUGUAUACAGGGCAGAAAACCCCGGCCUAGCCGCAUGCCGAGCGGCGCCCAUCGCAGUGUUCACCGGUGUCUCCGGCCUCUCCUUCCUAUCCCUUAUGGACGGAAGCAAUCUUGCAACCGCUGCUGCCAAGGCGUGCGGCUCUGGCCUGCUCGGCGCUGUCGCCAUGCACUUUGGCAUCAACCAGCAACUGGGCCCUGUACUCAAGUCGCUGAAAGCUCGGGAAAGAUCACCGAAGGCCGACCGCCCUGUGGAAAGGAAGUCAAAGACGGGCGGCCCCAAGGGCCUGCAGCUGAAGAUGGUGUACAAGGUCUUUGGCUACCUCCAGGUCCUCUCCGCGUGCUUCAUGUCGUUUGCCCACGGCGCCAAUGACGUGGCGAACGCGAUCGGCCCCAUCUCCGCCGCCCUCUCCAUCCUCUACACAGCCUCCGCCAACGCCGCUGCCGGCACUGUCACCGUGCUUUCGACGGACGUUGGCAUCUCGACGGGCGUCCUGGCCUGGGGCGGGUUCGGCAUCGUGGCGGGGCUCCUAGUAUGGGGAUACCGAGUCAUUGCCACGAUCGGGAAGAAAAUCACAGAGCUGACGCCGACGCGAGGUUUCGCUGCCGAGUUUGCGGCAGCAACGGUAGUGGUGCUGGCGUCUCGGCUCGGGCUCCCAGUCUCGGCAACCCACACUUUGGUUGGAGCGGUCAUGGGGGUGGGUUUUGCCAGAGGCCUCAACAGUAUACAAGGGGAUACUGUGAAGAGCAUUGUCGCUUCAUGGGCGAUCACAAUCCCUUUGGGUGCCUCCCUGGCUGUCCUGUACACAGCAAUCCUAAGGAUAUUCAUCAAGGUCCUAGUAUAGGCUGCUCGCUAAACUUGCAAGCAUUGUAGCUACGGAGUCAAACGUCAUGCUUGUGGAACUCGUCCUGUCCGGAUAAACUCGGAUAAACCUAAACCUUUCCGUUCAUGGUCAGACUACCUGCUAUAAGUAGAGUCCAAAUCUGCACCUGAUCCUCCAUGCUUUAUAUCCAAGUUCUUGCAGAUUCUGAUAAAAGCCGGGUUCAUGCG